AUGAAAAAUCCCUCAUCCUCGCCUCCAGUUCACGUUCACGUGCCUGAUACUACGCCGGUGCACGUCCAUCUCAGGAGGAGUGAGAAGUGCCAUAGUAAACGAGAUGUGGGAAAACCAAGUGCCACUUCCACAGCGAAGACACGAGCUCCCUGGAGACCUCCCGGAAAGGCUCCAGCACGGAGAGACACUUACAAAUGGGAGGGUUCAACCCAUUGUCUGGAGAUCACACCUGUAGCUGAGGGUGGCACAACUACAUCUCGACUGCAGCUGUCUGAUUUAUCCAAUGAAGAGGAUGAAAGAGGGGGGAUACAUGGCCACAUUAGCAAAUAUGAGAAACAGAUUGAGAGCCUCAUGUCAGAGGUGGACAGCAUGAAGAAUGAGGUGAAGUUGAGGAAGAAGCAGGAUCAGCUGACGCGCCAGUCACAGCAUCUGAGUGCGUGUCAGCUCCUGAUUGAUGAGCAGGAGGAGGAGCUGAUGGGGGCCAGUAAAGGCUUGGAGGUGUCUAGACGCAUGAACUCUGACCUCAAACACACUAUGGAUAGGAUACAGGAGGAGACGGAGCCACACAGGCCUGGGGCUGGACCUCUGGAGCCUGAAAUAGAGACUUUGCUGAGGAAACUUGUUGAGGCGGAGAUAGACGGACAGGCAGUAGCCAAGCAGGUGUCAACCCUUAGGGAGACCAUGGAAAAAGUGAGGAAGGACAAGAAGACGUCUAAAGCAGACUCUUCCACGCUGGGGCGACACCAUGAGGUGCUGGUGCAGAAGCUGGAAGCGUUUGACAACACCAACCGUACCCUCCGUCAGCUGCUGAGGGAACAGCACGGACGAGAGACAGAUGCUCUGAGGAGAUCCGACGAAAGGGAGGUUCUUCUGAGGAAACUGGCUGAUUCUGAAGCCGAGAAACGGCGACUUGAAGCAAAACUCAGUAACAAAGCGAAAGAAGCCAGUGAACUGGCGGUGAAUUUGGAAUCAGAGAAGGAUCAGGCACAGACUGUUGGAGAGCUGUCUAAAGCCCUGGAGUCCACUCAUGUUCACCUGCAGAGGCAGCUACAGAACAAAGAAGCAGAAAACAAUCGUCUUGGCACUCAGAUUGAAAGGAUGGAGGGCACGCUGCAGCGGCAGCAGCAGGAGAUCCAGAGUCUGCUUGAGCAGAUGAGAGAGCUGAAAGGGCGCUGUGAAAUGGACCGAGAGACACAGAAACAGGCCACGCACACUCACAAACAAAGAGCCCAACAAAGCCAGGAAACAGCGACACAACUCUCAGCCCAGUUGCUGGAGAAGGAGACACAGCUGUCUGAAGCUCUCCUGACAGCAGAAAACCUGCGGCAGCGUCAUGCCAAACAGGUGAAGGAAAAGAACCAGCUGGAGCUCGAGAUAACCACCCUCAACAAUCGGCUGACCGAAAUGAGCGAUGAGCUGCGCGGCGCGGAGGAGAAGGCCCGUGCGGAGAGGGAGGGGCUCCUGGACCGCGUGCACCGCCUCACGUCGGAGACAACAUCGACCAGACUGGAGAACCAGCGACUCCAGACAACACUGUCUGCUACAGAGGAGAGACUAGCAUUGUCUCACUCUGAAAUCCAGCAGCUGAAGAAGUCAGUGAAAGACUUUGAGAAUCUUGUUGAAGGCUACAAAAGUCAGCUUCAUAAGACGCGUCUGGAGUCGGAGGAGUACUGUCUGAGGUUGGAGAUGUCCGAGAAGGAGACGCGCAGCUUACAGACCGAGCUGGAGCGGGAGGCAGAACAGGUCCGUAAACAGCUGCUGGGUCGGGUGAAGGAGUUGGAGAACCUUCCAGAAACUCUUAAACGUGCUGAAGAGCAGCUGGCCAAGGCCAGGGAACAGAAUCAUUUAUUGGAGAGGAGAAAUGCUGAGCAAAGCAGAAUAUUGUCAGAGCUCAGACUUCAGGUGGAGGAGCAGGGCAGUAAAGUGGAGACGUUGCAGGAGAAGAACCUGUUAGUGCUGGAGGAGAAUAAACAGCUGAAAUGCAGCAUGGAGAGCACAGAGAGGAAGCUGGAGGACACAAACGCCCAAAACCGAGAUCUGCUCCAGGUCAUUGCCAAGCGUGAGGAGAUGAUUCAUAACACUCAGCUCCGUCUGGAGGAGAAAUCUCGUGAGUGUGACCGACUCACCAGACAAGUGGACAAAGCUCGGGAGGAGGCGCAAAGACAGGUGGAAGAGAGUCUGGACCGGGCCUUUUCCAAAGAGCGCUCGACCCAGUCCAAAGCUCUGGAUCUGGAGACUCAACUGAACCUGGCCAAAAUGGAACUAAACCAGCUGAAGAGGAACAAGGAGGAUAUGGAACGGCGGUUUCAGACUAAACUUCAAGACAUGAAGAACAAACUGGAGCAGUCUGAUAGCUCCAACCGCAGUCUGCAGAAUUAUGUGCACUACCUCAAAGCAUCUUAUGCUAAUGUGUUCGGAGAUUCUGCACUAACAAGUUCAUUACACACACACAUUUAA